ACAAUAAAUUUGGGGGACAAAAACAUGUGUCACCAUGUGAUUGGUUAAUUGCACCACGUUAGCAAUUUGUUAAAAGAAAUAAAAAGUGAGGACUAAACUUAAUAACGGAAAAAAUUUUAGGAUUUUUUUACACCAUAAAAAAAAAUAUUGAAACUAUUCUUGAUUAUAAUGUAAAAUGUAAGGACUAAAAAUAUAUUUAACCCUUAAUUAUAUAAAGAUAUCACUAUUCACUACCUUCUCCAUUUGUUAUAUAUAUAAAGACAAUAGGUAGUGAGAAACUUAAUUAGAAAUUUCAUUCAAAUUAUAAGUUAUUAAGAACCUCUCAUAUCAUAUGGUAUGGGCAUAGGAGAUGGAGAACAAAGAUCUCUUGAAGAAACACCAACAUGGGCUGUCGCAGUUUGUUGCUUCAUCGUUCUUGUUAUAUCUUUGAUCAUUGAAGGAGGUGUUCACAAUUUGGUUGAGCAUCUUAAGAAUAAGAAUAGAAAAUCCAUGGGGAAGGCCUUGAGUAAAACUAAAGCAGAAAUGAUGAAAUUCGGCUUCAUAUCAUUUCUUCUCACAAUAUCGGAGGUUCCAAUAUCAAAAAUCUGCAUCAAUAAAAAUGUGGCAAAUUCUUUUCUACCAUGUGAAGAUUCUUCUAUGGAAUACUUAGGAUCAUCUUCUCGUGAUUCAAAUUCAUCGAAAUUAGACCAAAUACCCUCCACCAAUGAAUCGGGAUACCGAGUCAACUAUUGUGAAGCAAAGGGCAUGGUUAGCCUAAUUUCAAGUGAUGGAGUCCUGGAGCUAAAUAUCUUAAUCUCCAUUUUGGCAGUAUUUCAUAUCCUUUACUGUACAUUAACCAUGUGUCUAGGGAAGGCAAAGAUGAGAAGAUGGAAAAAAUGGGAAGAGGAGACUCAAACACUCGAAUAUCAGAUAGAUAAUGAUUCAAGAAGAUUCCAGCAUUUAAGUCAAACAUUGGGUGGCAAACGUCACAUAAAAUUAUGGAAUAACUAUUCUCCCUUGUUGUGGAUAGCGUGUUUUCUGCGGCAGUUCUAUAAUUCAGUCUCAAAAGAUGAUUACUUUGCUCUACGAAAUGGGUUCAUUGCUGCAAAUAUUUCUGAAGGCAGCAAUUUCAACUUCAAGAAAUUUCUUUCUCGCACUUAUGACGAAGAUUUUGAGAAGGUGGUAGGAAUCAGAUUUUGGAUCUGGCUUUUCUCCAUAUUUUUCAUAUUCGUCAGCGCACAUGAGUUUUAUAAUUACUACUGGCUUCCAUUUAUUCCACUUCUGGUUGCUCUACUUGUUGGGACUAAACUGCAAGUGAUAAUAACAAAUAUGCACCUAGAUAGUUGCAAGCAAAAUCCAGUUAUCAAAGGAACCAUACUUGUAAAAACAAGUAAUGAAUAUUUCUGGUUUCAUCGACCUGAAUGGCUUCUCCAUUUACUCCAAUUCAUUUCUAUCCAGAACUCGUUUCAACUUGCAUUUUUCACCUGGAGUUGGUAUGAAUUUGGUCCAAGGUCUUGCUUUAGUAGAGAAAAACAGGACAUUGCCAUAAGAAUUGCAAUGAGUUUAGCUGUGCAGCUCCUUUGUGGUUAUGUCACUCUUCCCCUUUAUGCACUUGUCACUCAGAUGGGAUCCAGCAUGAAAAAGGAAAUUUUCAGCGAACGUGUUGUGCUAGGUCUAAAAAAUUGGCGUAAAAAGGCAAAAGGAUCAGUUUCGAAAAACAACUCAACUUGUAGUAGACAUUCAGCUUCUUUACAUUCCCAAAAAAGUGACAAUUCAGUAAGGGACGCUAUAGAGAGUAUGCACAAUAAUAAGGUGGAUAAUGAAGACAUUCAAUCAGUAGUAGAGAUGAAUCCUCCUUAUGCGAACCACUCUAGAAACGAGGAGGAAGAAGAGAUCAUUGUAGAUACCAUUGAGCAAGAGAUCUUGAUCACUUCAGAAAAUACACACAGUAAUGAGGAAGAUAAUGCAAAGAUCAUCACCAGAGGAAUCUAUGACGGUGAGGUCUCGUUUGGAAUUUAUGUGUGUAGCAGUAGCAGAGGCAUAGGGGAAAUUGUUUCAAUUGCUGAAGAAGAAGAUGACACUGAUCAUGAUCACACAUUACCCCAUUUGAAUCCAUAGAGAUUGGACUUAUAAUAUUUGUUUCAAUAAAACUCAUUGGUUAUGCUAUUUCUAUAAACUCAAUGCUAUGUUGUGAACUUGUAAAAUCAAUAAAAAAAACUAUCAUAUCAUAUAUAAUUAUAAAGUAAUACUAUACAUACUACAUAUUAUAGAAAACAACAUCUAUACAAGACACAUGCCCAAUAUUAUUAUUCAAUGAAAGGUAGAACACAUUGAGUAGCAAACAGUUUGAUUUUUUAAAUUUUGCCUCAUUGACUUUAAUAUAUUCCAGCAUAAUUUAGUAUAUGCACAUGCACUAAUGCACAUAAAGAGAUUAAAAUUAAAGUCAGUCUUACAAGAAUUAUAGCUUAAUUUCAAGUCAAGCAUGACUUGGUCCAAGGAGGUACCUAGUAGUUUGAUAAUUUACAUACAGUCCAUUACUCCAUUCGAUCCUACUUGAAGUUGCUUUACCUAUUAAAAACUCCUCCCUGUUAGUUUAUAAUUCAUUGUUGUCAGUUUCUUAUGUUACAAGCAAUAGCUUGUUUUAAGUGUUUUUGAUUGAUUGUGAAGUGUAACUAACUAACUAGAUAAAAGUUGGUUAGAGUGAGUUUGAUAUGUGUAAUUAACUAACUAGAUAAAAGUUAGUUAAGAGUGUUAGUUUGUAGUUAUUAGUUUGUUAGCUAAUAAUUAGGGAGUUUGUUAGAAGUUACAAGUGUGUGACUUAAGGUGCAAGUAUUAUAGCUAUAUAAUGCACUUGCAUCUAUUGUAAAGUUUCAGUUUUUGUGUUGUGAAU